AUUUGAUUGACUUAUUUAGUCAUAACACGAAAAGUAAAAGUUAUUAGAUAAUGUUUCGCUAAAUUGAAUGAACAGAUAUAAAAUUUUAGUGAUAUUCUGUUUCACAUUUUAUACCAGUCGGUGGCGGUAAUGCACCAUGACCGUCGUUAGCCAACCGCCAAUAACCAUCGAAGAAGAAGUCAGCCUCGCAGCAAAGCCAUUACUGAAGACUCUGAUUUCUGUUUUCACAGGAUGGAGGACUACAGCGACGACGAGGACUCUGCUACAGUCAGUGUCAGAAAUGCCAAACAUCCUCUUAAAUCUAAAGAAGACACGAAAUCAUCAACACUCAGGCUCUAUUCUGUGUUCUCGGUGUGUUUGGGUUUCUUUGUGUCGCAAUGACUGCAAACAUCAUCUACAUGAGUUUGACGACGGCCGGUCAGCAGGAAAAUGUCACAAGACUUGCAACAGAAAAAAAGCAACUGAUUCAGGAACGAAAAAUGAUGGAGAACAAGAUUGAGAAGGUGAACCGAGACAGAGACUUGAGCCAUGUAAGAACGAGGCUUACCCGAAAGAGGCUUUCUCAAGACAGAGAGAAGCUGAAGAAUAAAACAGAGGAACUUAACAAAGAGAGAGACGAGCUGAGCAAAGAGAAAGAGGAGGUGAACAAACAGAAAGAGGAGCUGAGCCAAGACAGAAACAAGCUGAAAGAUAAGACAGAGAAGCUGAACAAAGAGAGAGAUGAUGUGAGGAAAAAGAAAGAGAAGUUGAGCAAAGAGAAAGAGGAGAUGAGCAAAAAGAAAGAAGAGCUGAGCAAAGAGAAAGAUAAGUGGGAGACGAUGAGAAAAGAGAAAGAGAAACUGAGCAAAGAGAAAAAUGAGCUGAGGAAAGAGGAAGAUGAGCUGAACAAAAACAAAGCAGAGCUGAGCAAAGAGAAAGAAAAACUAAGCAAAGACAAAACAGAGCUGAGCAAAGAGAAAGAAAAACUAAACAAAGAAAAAGAUGAUUUAAGCAAAGACAAAAAGAAGGUGAGCAAAGAUAAAAAUGACCUGAAUAAAGAGGAGGACCGUCUAAAGAAUUUAACAACAGAGCUGAGCAAAGAGGAAAAUGAGCUGAAGAGAAAGACAAUGGAGUGGAACAAAGAGAAGAAUGAGCUGAACAAAAAGAAAGAACAGCUAAGCAAAAACACAAUGGAGCUGAACGAAGAAGAAGAGAAGCUGAACAAAAGGAAAGAUGAGCUGAAAAACUUGAAAGCAGAACUGAGCCAAGAAAAAAAUGUGCUGAGAAAGAAAACGAUCAAAGAGAUCGAGGAGCUGAACAAAAUCAAAGAUGAUCUGAGCAAAAAGAGAGCAGAGCUGAGAAAAACAACAGAUGAGCUGAGCAAAGAGAAAGACGAACUGAGUAAAGAGAAAAGGGAGCUGAGCAAAGUGAAAGACAAACUGAACAAAGAGAAAGAUGAUCUGCACAAAGAGAAAGAGACACUGAACAAAGAGAAAGAGACACUGAGCAAAGAAAAAAAGGAGCUGAGCAAAGAAAAUGAUGAACUGAACACAAACCGAGACAAGCUAAGCAAAGAAAAAAAGGAGCUGAACAUAAAAAAAGAUGAACUGAGCAAUAAGAGAAAGGAGGUGGACAAAGAAAAAGAUGAACUGAAUAAAAAGAAAGGCGACCAGGACAAAGUAAAAGCAGAGCUGAGCAGGAAGACAGAAGAGUUGAACAACGAGGAAAAGGAUCUGAAUAAAAAACAAUUGGAGCUAAACAAGAGAAAGAAGAGCUGGGCAAAGAGAAAGUGCAUCUGAGCAAAGAGAAAACGAAGCUGGACAAAGAGAAACAGGAGCUGAACAAAAAGAAAGUCGAUCUGAACAAAGAGACAGCGGGUCUGAACAAGGAGAAACAGGAGUUUAGUAAAAACA